AUGGUGAGAUCGAUUUUCAAAUUUGAAAGCCUAAAGUACACGUUUUCAGACUAUCAGUAAGAACAAUAAGAUGAUGGGCCACCUGAACUACAGGAUGAAGGUCAUUCUGCAGGAUUCUCGCACUUUCGUUGGCUUUUUCAAGGGUAAUAAAGUUGAAUGUUUUCCGGGGUUUACUUUUAUUUUAGCCUUCGACAAGCACAUGAACAUUUUGCUCGCCGAGUGCGAAGAACACCGUCAGAUCCGACCAAAGGCCGGAAAGAGAGUAAGUUUCAAAGAAAAAAAAAUUGUUUUGAAUGAAUUUCAAAUCUUUUCAGGUUGAUGGCGAAGAGAAGCGAAUUUUGGGCCUAGUUUUGCUGCGAGGAGAACACAUCGUGUCGAUGACGAUUGAUGGUCCUCCGCCGAAGGAUGAGGACUCCAUCCGCCUUCCCAAGGCUGGUGGUGUUGCUGGUAAAAUAAGAAAAAUUGGGAAAAUUUUUAUUAAAUUUCAAUGUUUAAGGUCCCGGACAAGCGAAACCAGCUGGCCGCGGAAUGCCAGUUCUGCCGCCGGGUAUGCCUCCAGGUGCUCCAGGCUUGGCUGGCGCUGUUCGAGGAGUUGGUUAGUGUUAAUUAUUAUAAGAAAAAAACAGCUUAGCUUAUGAGAAAUAAAGGAUAGUUGUGAAUUUAAGGAAAGUCAUUCAAUUUUCAAAGUAGGGUUGUUUUUUUGCUAAUAUUUUUUUCUUGUAUUGGAGAAAUUUUUUUGUUUCUUUCAAUUUAGCUUGAGUUUUUUUCAGAAGUUGAAAGUUGGGCACAUUUUUAAAAAGGUACUUUUUAGCCGAAUUUCGGGAAGCAACCAAAGAAAUAAUUUUUCCAGCUGUUAUAAGUUUGAUAAAUUUUUCAAAAAAACAACUUUAACUUAUUUCUUCGGCUCCGCAUAGUUAUAUCAAGUAGCUGUUUUUCACACUUUUAAUUUUGUCAUUUUUUUCCACUUUUGAAAAAAAUCUUUGUCCCUUAAGAAAAGCUUAUUAAAAAUAAUUUCAACAGCCAGUGUGUUGUUUUUUUCUGUUUUGAGGAUGUAGAGAACAGUUCUUUCUUUAGAUUGAGAUUCUUUUUCCGAAAGGAUUCUUGUGAAUAAAGUUUUUUUGCUGGCCUUUUUCCUGAAUUUCGGAAAUAAAAAAAUCUUCCCAGUUUAUAAUUUAUUCUAUUCAAUUUUUCAUUUCCAGGUGGUCCCGGCAUGGCGGCGAUGCAACCCGGAUACGGCGCUCCUCCCGGUAUGCCCAGAUUCUAA